AUGGUCUUUGACUUCCAGGUGAGGGAUGGGAGCGCUUUGCGGACCAGUUUGAGAAACUGCAUUGCAAAUCACACAAUUGGAUGGACGCAGACGCAACUCACUCUGCGGAAGAUCAUUGAGGACAUUGAGGGUGCACCAGUCUAUGAUGCGAUCAUGCCGCGAGAUGAAGUAUGUCAUAUCCUUUCAGAACUUGCGGAGCCGUCACAUUGGGACUUUCUCACUGAGAUCACCUAUGAGACGGCGAAUGAAUUUGACCCACACGGACACUCCUUGGCAACCGACGCUGCCUUGCCCCCGUCCCCGCUUUCGCGUCGUCCCGGAGACUUCCAGUGGUAUUUAGAUGAGCUGGGACGCAAAGGGAACCUCGAGGGCCUCUAUGUCGUAUCGCUCGAUUCGGUCAUCGACUCUACAUGGGGUGAUAUUGGCAAUUCCACGACGCAGAAGUUUUGGCUCAACGCGCAGCGCUCUGGCGUGAUUGGCUUCCUCAGCGGAACUCCCUGUUGCACAUGGUCAACUCUGUGCAAGGGAGUGGUGACCUUGAGCACCCCGCUGAGCCGACAGACGAGAAGGCGGCAAGCAUAUGGAGACUGUGCAGACAGCACCAAACGUACAGGGUUGCUGACUUUACACCUUCCAGACUUGCCGCGCUAUUUGCGUGCCAAUGCGGUCUGUGCUCAUUUGCCACGGGCACAAACCAUUGGCACAGAUGAGCAUGGACAAUUUCGCACAGCGAAAUUAAAGGAGUAUCCUCCAGCCCUCUGCAAGGCAUUGGCAGAAGGAUUUUUCUCCAUUUUGACCCCGUACACAGUUACGGAAGAGACACCCAACGCGCUGAAGGAUUUUACUGCCCGAUGCGCACAGAUGGCGUGCACUGACAUGGGCACACACAUCGGAGCAGGAUGUCUGGCAAAGACCCGAAUUUAG